UUUGAGCAUUUACAAUACUAACGAGCUUUGACAUAACUCUCGCAUUCUUGUUGGUUCGUUGCAUUGUGAUUUUCUGCGCGUGUAAAAUGAGUAUUGUGAUGAUGUAGUAGGUACAUUGUGUGUAGUGAUUCAAUGUACGAUAAUCCUUCGAUUGCGUUCAUAAAUCAAGGUGAAGCCGUAUGUUGAUUAAUCCGCGCACCGUAUACCAUUGUAGACGAUAGAUUUUGUAUUAGAUUAAAGAGAAAAAGUAAUCUCGAUGUGCGAGUUUCGGUUUUUAUGAUUAUGUCGUCUUCCGAUGAAGAACUUAUUAUAUCUUCUAUUGUUACAAAUUUGUUAAGCUUUUUAUUACCGAAGGGAAACACCAUGUCGCGUGAACGUAGUGAUAAUGGAAAACGAAAAAUGAGUAGUUCCGAAGAAGUUUCUUGGAUUUCGUGGUUUUGUGGAUUACGUGGAAAUGAAUUCUUCUGCGAAGUCGACGAAGACUACAUUCAAGAUAAAUUCAAUUUAACUGGUUUAAACGAACAAGUACCUCAUUAUCGACAAGCAUUGGACAUGAUCCUAGAUUUAGAACCGGACGAUGAACUCGAAGACAAUCCUAAUCAAAGUGAUAUGAUCGAACAAGCAGCUGAAAUGCUGUACGGUUUAAUUCACGCUCGAUACAUUUUAACUAAUCGCGGUAUCGCUCAAAUGAUUGAAAAAUACCAAGCUGGUGACUUCGGACAUUGUCCACGUGCUUAUUGCGAAGAUCAACCAAUGUUGCCCAUCGGCUUAUCCGAUGUACCCGGCGAAGCAAUGGUCAAGCUGUAUUGUCCGAAAUGUAUGGAAGUUUAUACUCCGAAAUCGUCUCGUCAUCAUCACACAGAUGGUGCUUACUUCGGAACAGGAUUUCCUCACAUGUUAUUCAUGGUUCAUCCGGAAUAUCGUCCUAAGAAAUCGAAUGUAUUUUUCGAACCUAGAUUAUACGGAUUUAAAAUUCAUCCUCUUGCAUAUCAAUUGCAACAACAGGCAGCUAGUAACUUCAAAGCACCUAUUCGCGGUUUGACUUAUAAUAACGGAAAACGCUAAUCACUGUGUAAAUGAAUCAUCGUCGAAAUUUGGAGAAAUGAUUUGUAAAUUAUAUUAGGAACAUUUUAUCAUUAUAAUAUCCGGUAUAUAAAUAAUUUUUUCUGAAGUAGUAUUAAUUUUGAUUGAUAUUGUUUUCGUUUUUUUUUCUUCCUUCUAAGUAAAUAUACGAUAUGCUUAUUGUUAAUUUUCUAUGACUUGCUUGAAUAAAUUUUAUAUAAAGUU